UAUAGUCGAUUUUAGAGUUGAAACCAAGACUUUAAAAAGUUUAUUUGUUGGACACAUUCACAAAUGUCCUCGUCUCUCUGUGUCUCUGCUGCAGGAUGUCGACGAAGUUCAGGUCCAGUAUCCAGGAAUCAUGGAAGUCAUGACAGAUUUACAAGGUAUGGGUGAGAGCAACUGUGCCUGGAACAGAAGAUUGUUGCUGCACAGAGACACUAUAUUAGCGGCAGCAGCUAUUUAUAAAGAGAUGUAUGGGAACGAGGACGGCUCCCUUCCCGCCACCUUUGAGAUCCUCUACAUGAUUGGCUGGAAGCCUCAUGAGUCUCAGGCCAAACCAGCGAAGCGAGGAUCGGCCACGGCGUCGUUCGGAGAUUUGUCGAAGAUCAGUCGGCCGACAGACACCGACAAGUCGUAGCUCUGUACAUAGCACAUCUAAUUUAAAAAUGUUUUGUAUCCUGUAUUACUUUCCUUGGAAUAAAGUUUAGCUGAGAUGGCAGAAA